AUGAUCAGUCAAGCAUUUUAUUUAGGAACCAAACAAGAAUGUGAAAUGCUUUUAUACAAUGUUACUCCACAACUAAGUGCAUCCUCAAGAGCAUCAAGGUUAGCGAACAACAAUGACGAAACUCUUCAUAUGAGAAGUUCAGCAAAGAGUAAAAAACAGUCUGACAGCGAUGAGGAAACGAAUUCGAAUGCGACAAAGGAAGCUGUCCUUAUCAAACUCUUACAAUUACUAGUUGAGGCAACAAACAAUAACGAUGAUGAUACGGAUAACGAAGAAACUCAUCAAGUAAAGUGUGAUGCAUGCGAAAGUUUCCCUAUUCGAGGUGAUCGCUAUAAAUGUUUGCAAUGUGAUGAUUAUGAUUUGUGUGCUGGAUGUUUCGAACGUCGAAGGGAAUCGAAACAACACAAGAAUGGCCAUGUAUUCGCUCAUUUUCGUUUGCCUAAUGAACUUUUUGGUCGAACAGUCACAAGCGAUGAUGUGACAUUUGAAAAACUCCAAGAAUUCUAUGCCAAAGAUGUUCACAAAUCGACUACAUGUGAUGGGUGUGGACAAGUUGGUAUCACUGGUUUACGUUGCAAAUGUGACACAUGUCCAAAUUAUGAUCUAUGUGAAAAAUGUGUACUUACUGGUAUUACUAGUAAAACGCACCAAACUGUCCAUUCUCUUGUUCUUACAUCGAAUCAGGUUAUUACGCAGAUACCUUUUGAUGAUAUUGAAUUAGGAGAAGAAUUAGGAAGUGGUGCUUUUGGUUCUGUGCAUAAAGCUCGAUGA